AUGGGGUCCAAGUCCAGCAAGAGCAAACCGGAAGCCAGUGUGGACGGCGAGGCUGCACUGACGGACUCGCGCGCAGUGAAAGCAAGCAGUGGCCCGCAAAGCCAGGACAAACUGGAUGCGGACGCAAGGUCUACCGACCUCGAGUCGGACUCAUCUCCUGGCUCGUACGCAUUGUUGGAAGACCUGCGCCUAUCGGACGCUGGGGGUGCCCCUGUCCCUAGUUGGUCUCGGGUCUCUGCAAUCCUCCACCACUCGCUAGUACAAGCCAUAGGAAAGGUGCGAGACGGCGUCAAUCCCGAAACGCUGCAGGUGCUUGUCGAGGAAUAUGGGCGGAUUGUCAAGCUUCCUAUCGCGUUCACGAAGCCGGGUGACGUCCUGCAGUGCGCAGAAGACUACAGACAAUGGAAUGGCGGCCGAGACAAGCCGGACUCGGAGACUAGCCUUGUUGUGUUUCGGAUGGAGAAGGGAUGUGGUUUUGAACAGGAGUGCUGGUCUGCUAAAGCUGUUAUGUCCAUAAUCAAACACAGUCGGGAAAAGAGCCCUCCCAGUGCUGGGCUUCAUGGGAUUCUGACGGAUGGAUUGCAAUGGGUGUUUUUGUACUUUGGUGGGAAUAACGAGUGGUCUGAAAUCGAACUGCAAUGGCUUGAUGGCCAUCAGAAGGCUAUUGUCAGUCAGGUCAGCAGCAUAAUGAACAAUGCGGUUUCGUUUGGCCUGUUGCGCAUGCAAGGCUGGUAUCCGUUGUCAUCGGCAGGUGUUUCUUCCCAGGUACAUAGUGAUUCCAUCAUGCCUUGGUCUGAGAGACUCGAGCAGAGGGCGAAGGACGUCUACCGCGGCCUGCAUCACUCCCCGGACCCCGAAUUCGAGGCCAAGCUGAAGGACUUCAUCGCCCGUGCCCGCCAGGAGCGCGAUGCCGAGAACCAAGAGCGAGAGAGGGCGGCUCAGGAGAAUAAGAAGAAGCCGGCGGAGAAGAAGGACUAUCCCACCAAGGCCGUGACGGACCUGGACCCCGGCGAAGUCCAUGCGAUCUUCGGUCUACAGGACGACAGGGAGAGUCCCGCCGAUAUCUGGGAGAUCCGUCCGGGGGAGGAGCGCAAGCUGUCCGAGCACGCCAAGAAGAUGCUGGCCGACCACGAUCUCCUCUUCAACGGACGAAGGUGGAACAAGGCCGAUGUCGAGGCCGAAAUCCGAUCCCGCAUCGCCACCAUCCUUGUCUCCAUCUUAGCAGAGAUGAAACGUCAGGAUCUUGCAGGUGCACAUGGACAGGCCGAUCACCGCUCCUCGGCCCAGAGCAACUCGUAUAAAAACCUGCACUGGCAGUACGAGACCGCGCUAAGUAUGCCGUGGAAGCUUCUGGACGGCAAGAUCUACGACCUGAGCGGCCAGCUGGACUACUACUUGCUGUACGGCAGCCACGAAGAGCUCGAGACCAACCUCGUAAUAGUCGAGGCCAAAACCUUGGGCGGGAGUGGUCCUUGCGUGUACCAGGCUCUCUCCUACAUGGAACCCCCCAUCCAUGCCAUGAUCCAAUCACUCCCCAUCAACCGGAACCGCCACAUCAUUCCCCACAUUCCCAACCCUCCCCCUCGUGCCCCCCAGACACCAACAAGUCCCCGGCGUCUGGCCGCCCGUCCCCUGAACAUUAAACGUGGCCCCGACAUCGCUGCGCCCCUGGAACCAGUUCAUCGUGUUGCACAGCCCCAGGCACUCGUCGAAGGAGGACAGAACGACCGACGCAAGGGUCUUCUUGCUGCUUCCGCUGAACCGAGAGACUGCGUUGUGAGCGUGUUGUUUGCGGUGGGGCAGGGGGUGGAGGGGGUGGAAUCGAGAGAAGGAGAGGAGGAGGAGCUUGAGGAGGAGGAGGGUGUUGCUGAGGCGUAUAUCGUUGUUGUCGUGGCGUUGUUUGGGAGGUCUAAGUCCGAGUCUGCGUCCGAGUCUGACGCCGAAGCUGAAGCUGCCGUCUUAUCUGACAAACUGAAUCAGACCGCAUACCCCUCCCCGACAACCCAACUCCCAGCCCAACCGCCAACCCCGCAAUCACCAGCACCGCAGCCCCGAGCACAACCCAAUACCACAGCAUUUUCUUCUUCGGCGGGGGCGGCGGUAGCUCCAUAG